AUGUCGGCGGUUUCGAGCUUUUCCUGCCCGCAUUACGAAAUUCGACCCGCGUUCAGAUCGGAAAACCGGGUCGGUUGGUCGACGUUGAUCGGUGUGAGACCGGCGAAAGUCAACAUUUCGAGGCCUUCUCGCGAGGUAGCUUUGAAUCGAUUGAAAAGGGUAUCUACGCGUCCUAGUAUAUGCAUGGCAAUAGUAGAUGAGAGGCUGGCUGAUAGGAGCAUUGUUGUCAAGCCGGCUGACAUUUUGGCAUAUGAUCUUGUUCAAGGAGCAGAUGUGAGGUGGAGUUACAUCUUGGACAAGACAGUGCCUCAGCCUCCAACUGCUGUUCUCUUGCACGGCAUUUUAGGUAGCAGGAAAAAUUGGGGAACUUUUGCUAGGAGAUUGGCCCAGCAGUUUCCUAAAUGGCAGUUUCUCCUUGUUGACUUGCGUUGCCAUGGCGAUUCGGCGUCUCUGAAGAAGAGAGGACCCCACACUGUUGCUUCGGCUGCCCUAGAUGUUCUAAAGCUACUUGGUCAUCUGAAGCUAACCCCUCGAGUUCUUGUUGGUCACAGCUUUGGUGGUAAAGUUGCAUUGAGCAUGAUUGAUCAGGCUGCGAAACCUCUUGCCCGGCCUGUUAGGGUCUGGGUUUUGGAUGCUACACCUGGAAAAGUCCGAGCUGGCGGUGAUGGAACUGACCGUCCUGCUGAACUCAUCUCUUUUUUAAACACUUUCCCCAAAACGGUCUCCUCCAAGAGGGAAAUCGUAGAAGCUCUUCUACAGGAUGGCUUCUCAAAGGAUGUGGCGCAGUGGGUGGUAACUAAUCUUAGGCAAUCUGGGGUCAAUGGAGCAUCGUCUUCAAGCUUCUCUUGGGUGUUCGAUCUCAUUGGUAUUUCAGAGAUGUAUCAAUCAUAUGAAGACACAAAUUUCUGGAAGCUCGUGGAAGAAGUUCCUCGAGGUGUACAUAUUAAUUUUUUGAAAGCAGAAAGAAGUCUUCAUAGAUGGGCCAUUGAAGAUCUUCACAGGAUCCAUGUUGCCGAGGAACAAGCUGCUGAGGAAGGAGGUGGGGUCGAGAUGCAUGUCCUUGAGGAUGCUGGACACUGGGUACAAGCUGACAACCCGGAUGGGCUCUUUAGAAUUCUUUCGCACUCAUUUCAAGGAUUUUAG